GUGAAAACGGUUUUGAAAAAGCAAUUGAAAAUCGAGAUUGAACAGUUGGAUUGAUUGUAAACCACAAAUCCCAUUACGCACAUCCUCAGGACGCCAUCUUUGACGCUCCGACGUUGAUGAAACUGACGGUUGCUCACGCUCGAGCCGCAACGCCGACGGCUUUAGGGCCACGCCCCUCGGCCCUCUCGCUCCUCCCUCUCCUUCCCAGAAUCGCAGCCCCGCCUCUCAGGGUUGCGUGCGCACGGAUCAUUACUGAGGCUGGUCCAGCGCCUCCAGAGGUGAACGGUAUUAGAUUUUGAUUUGUUUCUCUUGAUGGAGACAAUUCAACACAGUGAAGCAACGCUGAGGACAGCACUAAUAUCUAACCAUAAGGAUGUGAUUGACCUCUACCAAAAAUUCAGUCCAAGAGUGAAACAUCUCCUAGAAGAAGCUUUUCAGCCAAAUAGCAACCUUUUUAAACCUAUUGUGUUGCAUUCGAAGUCUGACUGGAUCCAUAGCCACCCAGAGCCAAAGCAAGAUUUCUACGCAUUUUACAGUAGUCCGCAUAGGAAGUCACCAGUUCCUGGGAAAAACAUUAUUUACAUUCAGACCAUUGGUUCAUUUGGUGAUUCACAGACAGCUACUGAGACAUACAUCCACUGGUUAAAGGAAUACUGUGAGUCAUUUUUCUAUGGCCUGAAGAUCAAAUUCUUGGAUCCUGUUUCAGUAUCCCAAAUUGGCUGUGUGUUCCGUGUCAAUGCAUAUUCACACAAUCUGCAGAUACAUACAGGUAGUAUUCUUAAGUACCUGCAGAAGAAAAAACCCAAAGAUGCUUUCUGUAUUGUUGGAAUUACAAUGAUUGAUCUUUAUCCUGAAGAAUCCUGGAAUUUUGUGUUUGGACAGGCAUCUCUUACAGAAGGAAUGGGUGUUUUUAGCUUUGCUAGAUAUGAUGAUGACUUUUACACCACAAACUAUAAAGGAAAGCUGAAGAAAAAGAAACAUCUGGCUCCUGACGAUUAUUCUGUUUUUGAAGGAUACUACACACCACCUAUUGCAAGCAAGUUGCUGCUGAGAUCAUGCAAGACUUUAACGCAUGAAAUUGGACAUAUUUUCGGCAUGCAUCACUGCCAGUGGUUGCAAUGUGUAAUGCAGGGUUCUAACCAUUUAGAGGAGUCUGAUCGACGGCCAAUUGAUCUUUGCCCUAUUUGCCUAAGAAAACUGCAGUACGCCAUUAACUUUGACAUUCAAGAGAGAUAUAAGGCUAUGCUGAGAUGGAUUGAGGAUGAUUCUCAUCCUGAGUUUUUGGUUGGAACUGUGCUGGUAUCUCAUAAACCCAUGGAUGCAUUCAAAGACUGGAAAGAAUGGUUGCUACAGUGUCUGCAGGUUUUGGAGGAGUGAACUUUAAUAAAUGCAAGUUACUGAUGGCACUGGUGAGGUGUGGGAUACUUUUGAACUCUUUCAAAGAAGUUUUCAUUAUUCAUGAAGUCCAAGCUCUACUAAAUCAUUAAUGAUGUGACUAGAUACUGAAUAAAGAAUAUUGUAUACAUUGCGCAUUAUCUUAUAAAUCUGCAUCCGUGCUUUGUUACAGGAAGUCUCAGAAAAUUUGGUGUACAUUUUGAUAAAGAAGCAAAGACAUUUUUGCCACAGUUGUUGAAAAUAUGCUGUGGAUUAUGUAAAAUUCCUACUUAGGAAAAUGAGUGAAGCAUAUCAUUAGGUUGGAAACAGUGAGGACUGCAGAUGUGGAAAGUCAGAGUUGAUAAAGUGUGGAGCUGGAAAAAAACACAGCAGGCUUAGCAGCAUUAGAGGAUUAGAUUCCCUACAGUAUGGAAACAGGCUCUUCAGCCCAACAAGUCCAAACCUACCCUCUGAAGAUCAAUCCACCCAUUCCCAUUCCCCUCCCCAUUGUUUACCCCUGACUCAUGCACCUAACACUAUGGGUAAUUUAGCAUGGCCAAUUCCCAUGAAUUGGAAACCAUGAGUCCUGAUGAAAGGUGCUGACCAGAAACAUCUAUCCCCGGCUCCUCUAAUGCUGCUUGACCUGCAGUGCUUUUUCCAGCUCCACACUUUAUCGAAGCUUGUCAUUAGAGUAAAACUUGUUUCAAUUAGGAGGUUUUGCGCUUUUGUGCAUAGAUUAUAUAUGUGCACAGCUAAUGCUGAGUGGUUGAGAAAACCAAGGAGUAGGCAUAGCACUUACUUUCAGACUGAGUCACUAAAGUAGUAUUAUGUUUUUGCUCAUCAAAACUGUUGAAUGUUGUGGCACAUGGCAUCAAAUUAAAGUUGAGAUUAUAUUGAUAUUUAGAACCUUGUUUUCUGGGUUUUUGCAGUAUGUAUGGCAGUAGGAAAGAGAAAGUAUUUUAGCUUUAUGGAUUGCAUUGGUUUACUUAUAAUUAGCUGCAUUUAGUUUAUCCUUUCUUACAUGUAAACAAGCAGAUUCACAACAGGAUUUAAAGCUGGACCGAUUACCUAGAAAGUCGACUAUGCAAUUUCUUCUAAGUACUACACGGCCUCCUAACUUUCCAAAAUAGUGGCAAGGAAUUACAUAUAGUAAGUCCAAAGAAAAGUAUGUUACCCUCCCUGCUAGCGAGCGUUAGGUAUUUUACAACUGCAAAUAAGGAUCCUACUGUUAGCUUGAGGACUCUACUAGAAGAUUGAUUUUCUUUUCCCUCUAAGGCACUUGGUGUCAUUGUGGGAAACUAACUCAACAGAAUCCCAGUGGGAGAGAUAAAGGUGAAGUGACUUAUCUCUGAUGUCUGAAUCUCUGACCAAACUCUUGUUUCAAGCCUGCUUGACCAUGGCCGAAAAUUAGGCAUUCCAGAUCUUUUUGUGUUUUAUGAGCAUGUAAGUGAGUGUGAAAUAUGUUUUGGGAUUUUCACUGUUAAUCUUCACGAGAUAAUUCUUUUCAAAGAUUUGUCAUGAAUUUUGGUUGCAAAAUUUC